AUGGCUUUGAGAUAUAUCGACAACGAGAUACGAGACUUCCAAGUAGGCGGAGCAGCGGUGAACAAGAAGGAGAGAAAGAGCAGCAAGGCUCGAAAGGCGGAUGCGUUCGAAGAUGAGCUGAUCCACUCCGCACUGCGGCUCUCCCUCCAGCGGAUACUCCGAGAAGCACCCCCGGUGGACGCGGCCAGGUCCAGAGACUUCUCCGUCUACACCGGGACGGCGGGCUACUGCCUCCUAUUCCUGGUGCUCCACUCCAGAGGGAUUGGAUUCGGUGUGGCUGGGCGAGCGGGUCAGCUUGCUGGGUUCUCUUGCCCUCUGGAGCUUGCGACCGCUUACCUGGAUGCUGCUCAGGCGUGUUUGGACAAGCAGGUGGCCAAGCGUGGGGCCGCGAACCAGGGCUUCACGUUCCUGACUGGCGCGGCCGGGGUCCACGCGGUUGGGGCGGCGGUCGCACAGCGCACGGGAGACAUGGCGCGGUGCCGGCGACACGCCCGCGAGGUUGCGGCAAUGGAAGAGCUUGCCCUGUCCGAGGACGAGCUCCGAUCACACGACGUUCUCAACGGACUGGCGGGAUACCUGAGCGCGCUGCUGUUCGUCCGAGCGAACACCCGAGAGAGCUGCGAAGGACGGAGGCGGCGGCGGGGCGGCAAAGGCCGGAGAGGCGGCGGCGGGGGCGGUGGUUCCAGCGGGGAUAGCACCGCUUCGGCAAGCGCUGCCGCCGCAGCGGCAGCAGCAGCUGACGAAGAAGCAUCAGCUAAGGCGGCGGCGGCGGCGGCGGCGGCGGAGGAGAAAGCUCUGGCGGAGACGGCGGCGGCAGCCGCGACCGCGGCAGCAGCGGCCGAAGAUAACGAGGGGAUGGAGUACGGAGGAGUGCUAACAUACGAGUGGCAUGGGAAGAUGUACCUCGGGGCCGCGCGGGGAGUCUCCGGCAUCCUGUUCGUGCUCAUGCAAGCUCUGCAGACGGUGUACGGAGAUUCGCUACUGGUGGGAGCGAGGACCGGUGACGGUCCCGACACAGAAGACCUUCCGCCACAGGCCGCGGAACAGCUGUAUCUGAUCCGCAGCACCGUUGAUGCCGUUCUCAACACGGUCCUGCCGGAAGGAAACUUUCCUUCGAGACCCGUCAGCGCUGACGACAGAUUGGUGCAGUGGUGCCACGGCUCCCCCGGCAUCAUCCCAAUGCUCACCAAAGCCCACGAGGUGUUCGAAGACGACAGGUACCUUGAGAUGGCGAGACGGUCGUCAGAGGUGGUGUGGAAGAGGGGCCUGUUGACGAAGGGCAACGGCAUCUGCCACGGGGUGGCGGGGAACGGCUACGCCUUCCUGUCGCUGAGAAAAGCCGACGCCGCCGACGGGCGACACCAGCACAGGGCCAGGAGUUUCGCUGGUUUUGCGGCCUCCGCCGUCCUCGGCCCCAACUCCUCCACCGGCGCAAACGCCUCCUCCCGCGGAGACCCCUUCGGCCCCGGCGCCCACGUCCACCACCCCCGCGGCGGCGGCUUUGGCCUCGGCCGCUCGUCCUCCCACGACGCGGGCAAGAGCAUCCACUCGGCCGGGUGGCCAAGCAACGGCUGCAACGGCGCCGGUGGGGACGGCGGCGGCGACGGCGGCGCCGGGGGCGGCCGGGCCGGGGCCGGGGGUAGGUCCCACUCCGUCGGCAGCGGCGGCGCCUGCGGCGCCGGCGGCGAGAUGCCGUCGCAGGCGGUGCCGGACAGGCCCAUGUCGCUGUUCGAGGGGCUGGCGGGGUCGGCGGCGUUCCUGGCGGACUGCUGCGUGUCGGAGGCCGGGGCAGGCGAGCACGCGUGGUUCCCGUCGCUGGCGCUGUGCUCGUGACGCGGUGGGGUGUGUCAUGCCAUGGGGGGACAGGACACUACCGAGGUGGUAUUCCUUCGGGUCGGAAGGGCUGGCUGGUGCGGUGCUUCGAACUUCGUGGCGCGGGCGAGCGGGCGUCGUGCGGGACAGAACGCUGCGGUGACCUACCUUCCUUUGGGUCGGAAGGGUCUGCCUGCCGAUGGCUGGUGUGGUGCUUCGAACCUCGUGACCUCGGCGGGCGGCGUGUGCCAUGGGACAGGUACCGCGGGGACCCUGUGGGCGAUCGAAGAAUGGGUGGCUGUCGUACGCUGGUGGUGUGGUGCUUCGAACCCUCGGGCGCUUUUUUUCGCACCAGCCCGCGGCCGGUCAAUAUUGACCAACCUCUGUUCUCAUAGGAUGUAGAGCGUGACGGCGUUUUUUUCUUCAUAUGGGCGUGGGGGGGGGGGUUCCGGUCGCGGUGAUCACGGUUAGCUACGCGAUUUGAUGUGCAAGCUGAAGGCGGAGCGGGUCAACGCCGGUGAACAUGCUUUGUGGCGUUUGAUGGGUGUAUGUUGGGGGAUUUCUUUGCGAAAUGUUGCUAAAAUUUCUGUGGCGUGCUGUGCGGCUCUGUGGCUUGGGGCGGUGUGGUGUUCGUAGCCCCCCGUUCGUAGCUGCCACGAUGAUGAGCUUUGUGUGAGAAUGCCUGCGUUGGUGCUACGAGGGAGCGUGCGGUGAUUGUUUUUUCGUGUCGGGAAGGCGGGUCCCUAUCGAGCACCGUAGACGGACGCAAUAUAUAAACGUGGCGCAUGCAUGGCCAUCGGGAGGGAUAGAGCGGCGACGGAAGUUGUUACAACGCAAGACUCUUGCGAGAUGUCUUGGCGAGAAGUGAUGUUGGUCAGCCUAUUGUUGGAAAGAGCCACAGCGAGUUUUGCCGUACCAUUUGCGAGCUAAAAAAAAAACCUCGGCGCUGCCGUCGAGCGCUUUUCCGACAAAAGCUAGCUCGGCUGUUCGUGUUGCCAAUCUGGCACGGUGCUGUUGAUAUCUGGUUUAUGCGGAUCUGGUACGUUGCUGUUGAUAUCUAGACUAGAUACGAAGCGGGAAGUACGCACAGAGUUUAUUUGUUGCUUGCUGGGAUUCUAGAUGAAACCGUCACCAGACCCGCGCCGUGUUCACAAGCGGCUUAUAGACUAAAUGUAAAGGGGCUGAUUUUUCGGCGUUGAUACUCUGUGCAACACGACCGUUACGUUACGAUAUCGUUUGCUGAGCGUGUGUGCAUAAAUGCACCGAUAGUGUUGUCUUGCUGUUGUUGUCCAUGUGGGUCCACCGGCAAGAGCAGUAUUGCCGGUGGUCACACAACUUGCAUAUUU